UAGUUGCGUUUUUUUCCUUAAAAGUUUUUCGAUUCUCAACAGAAAAAAGGGUGAAAAAAGAAGAAGAAGAAGAAGCAUUAUUUUUUUUCCGUAACAUUGUAUCAUUAUCACCUUUACAAAAGUCUUUCUUUGAUUGGUUAGAUUAGGCUUGUUUAUAGUUUCUGGGUUCUGUUUAUAGAUUCGCAUAAGGUUGUAAAUACAUGGGCUUUUUAUGUUUAUAGAGCCGAAACAUUCUUUUCUUGUUCUUCUUCUUCUUCUUCAAACAAGAAGAGAAAGGUCAUAGAAAGCUUUGUUGGUUUUUUUUAUUUGGUAUUUUGAUCAUCUCAGAUAUUCAAUUGAAAACUGUUUCCUGGAUUAUAUGGGUGGCUUUGGUUUUUGAUAGAGAAGAGCAAUAGCAGCUUCUUCCUUUAAACUCAGAUUGGUUGGUACAGCUGUGAUCUUAUGUGUUCAUUGAUAAAAAGGUCGGUUUAUGCUUUAAGGAAGCUGAAGGGUGAAUUUUCACUGUGAACAGGCAUAUUAUUUGGGAUGCAGGAGACUGCGGAACCACACAUUGGAGGAAGGAAUCAGGCUCCAAAUUCUUGGGGAUCAUUGAGAUCAAGAAUGAUUUAAGAAUCUCAUUUUGAUUAGUUGCUUUAGAUGAAUAAUGGUUUUAGUGGAUGACAUAUGCAAAUUUUGAUCCGGGUUUUUGGUGGGAGAUGAAGAAAAGGUUUUCCAAUUUAUAAUUAAAAUUAGGCAAAAGGAGAGUUUUGCUUUAGAUAACAAUGGAGGCACCAGCAACCGAGCAGCCGAGUGUUCCUGCUCGACGGAAAAAGAUGACCAAACAGUUAACAGGAAAACGAGAAGAUACGCCUCUACAUUCUGCUGCAAGAGCUGGAAAUCUUGCUGUGGUGACAGAAAUCCUUACAGGUACACCGGAGGAUGAACUGAAGGAGCUGUUACCUAAACAGAACCAAUCUGGUGAAACUGCCCUUUAUGUUGCCGCGGAAUAUGGUUAUGUUGAUUUGGUUAAGGAGAUGAUUAACUAUUAUGAUCUUGCUGAUUCUGGGAUCAAAGCUAGAAAUGGUUUUGAUGCAUUCCACAUUGCUGCUAAACAAGGAGAUUUAGAUAUAUUGGCAGUGCUACUGGCAGUUCAUCCAGAAUUGGCUAUGACUGUUGAUUUAUCUAACACCACGGCUCUGCACACGGCUGCAACACAAGGCCAUAUAGGGAUUGUGAAUUUUUUAUUGGAGGCAGGUAGUAGCCUAGCUACAAUAGCAAGGAGUAAUGGUAAAACAGCAUUACAUUCUGCAGCAAGAAAUGGGCAUGUGGAGGUUGUGAAGGCACUUUUGGCUAGUGAACCUGGGAUUGCAUCAAGGACUGAUAAGAAGGGGCAGACUGCACUUCAUAUGGCAGUGAAGGGGCAGAAUGUUGAGGUGGUGGAGGAAUUGAUCAGAGUAGAUCCUUCAUUGACGAUAAACAUGGUUGAUACCAAGGGAAACACAUCCUUGCAUAUAGCCACCCGGAAGGGUAGAGCUCAGAUUGUUAAGUUGCUGCUUGGAUACAAAGAAACCGACACAAAAGCUGUUAACAGAAGCGGUGAAACUGCUAUCGACACUGCCGAGAAAACUGGGCACCCUGAAAUCGCAACCAUUCUGCAGCAGCAUGGGGUUCAAAGUGCUCGAACCAUCAAACCUGCAGCACCAAAUCCAGCACGUGAGUUAAAACAAACUGUGAGUGAUAUAAAGCAUGAGGUGCACUAUCAACUAGAGCACACCCGCCAAACCAGAAAGCGUGUGCAAGGCAUUGCCAAGAGACUCAACAAAAUGCAUGCUGAAGGUCUUAACAAUGCAAUAAACUCCACCACUGUUGUUGCAGUCCUAAUUGCCACAGUUGCCUUUGCUGCCAUUUUCACUGUCCCUGGCCAAUAUGUAGAUGACCCAAACGACAUUCCUCCGGGUCAUUCCCUCGGGGAAGCUAAUAUAGCUCCAAAUCCUGCCUUCAUAAUUUUCUUCAUCUUUGAUUCCAUUGCCCUCUUCAUUUCUCUGGCUGUUGUGGUGGUUCAGACUUCAGUUGUAGUCAUUGAGAGCAAGGCAAAGAAGCAGAUGAUGGCAAUCAUCAACAAGUUAAUGUGGUUGGCUUGUGUGCUUAUUUCAGUGGCAUUCUUAGCCUUGUCAUUUGUUGUAGUAGGCACAGAGGAAAGAUGGCUUGCAAUCGGGGUGACAAUCAUAGGAACAAGUAUAAUGGCCACAACUUUGGGCACCAUGUGUUAUUGGGUGAUUAGGCAUCGGAUCGAGGCUUCAAACAUGAGAAGUAUACGAAGAUCAUCACUGGGUAGCAGGUCACGCUCCUGGUCAUUGUCUGUGAUGUCAGAUUCUGAGAUUCUAAACAAUGAGUUCAAGAAAAUGUACGCAAUUUAAUAAAGAUCACUCACGCCAGAUCCUUUUUUUCCAAGCAUAUGGCGUUACGGAUCCUUUUUUACUAAAUGUAUAUUUCAAGUUGAUCAUAGUCUUCUUUCCAUUCUCAAUGCUCUCAAAGGCAAAUUAAUGUAUGACUGAGCAACUUCUGAGGGCAAUACCUUCGGCCUCAGAGGCCAACGGCCAUGGUUGAAUAUAUGUGGUUCUAAUUUCUAUA